AUGUCGCUUACCAUCAUAGCCCAUCUUGUCAUGACCAGGGCCGACGAGAGCCACAGACGCAGCGAGACGAUGAUAAAAGGCCUCACCGUCUUUAUCGAGGGCCGUACCGACCUCGACGACUGGUGGCUUGGCCUCAGGAGCAACAAGCCGCGAUCGCGAUCGCCACAACGAGCGUCGCGUCCCCAGCCCCAGCCCCAGCAGCACAAGCCCCAACCGAACUCCUCUCAAGAGGUUUUGGCCGCAGCCGAAGACACCAAUGGGGAUUUGGUAAAUGGAGACGUGGCAGAUCAUAGCCCAGUGUCUGCCCCUGUCGAACCCGUCAAGGCCGACGUCGCUGAUGCUCCUUUCGCCAUCUCGAACACCCCCAGGAGAGUCACUCUGAUCUCCAGGGCCUCCAAUGCCGGACGCUCGCGUCGGGCGCAUUCAUACCGUGUUGGCGGACCGAGGUCGAUUCUCUCAGACGCCGAGGCCGACGCGCAGAUUCGUCCACCACGCCCAACUAGAGGGCCGAGCGUUGAAUCCUUUGCCGCCGACUUUCAUGAAAGCCUCAUAUCAAAGAGGCUGAAGGAGAUGUCUUCCCGUGCUAGCCAUAUUAUCCAGGAGUGCAUCGAGGUCGACGGCGCAGUGUUUCUUGAUGCCGCCGUCAGCACCUAG